AUGGCGCUGUCCUGGUGCUGGUUGAUGGCGCUUCCAGAUGAGCCCGCAGGCCUCGACUUCGAGGCCGAAGGCGGCAGCAAGAAGAAAAGUGACGACGACGAGGUACAGUCCGAGGAGACUUCCUCCACUGCCGAGUCUAUCGCUUCCCAAGCGCCGGACUCCGAGAGCGAGUCCAGAUGUUACGACCUCGGCGAGGGCCUGAGCGCCUUCCGCACCAGAGCGCUCGCAAUGCAGGAUUCGGAGCGGCAUCGGACCCUCGCCAGCGCUGCUUGCGACCUUGUCUCAGGCCUGGCCACGGGGCCGUCCUCGCAGCUUCCCGACCUCUCGGCCACCGCGAGGCUUCCGGAUGAUGAGGCAGCAGACUCCGUUUGCCUGAAGGUUCGGCAUAGUCAGGCCAUCGAGGGCGAAAUCGCCACCCGUUCACGCAUCGGCUAUAGCGUCUACAUGCAGGAGGAGACCAGCUUUAUCCUCCGUGUCCAUGGCGACGAAGUCGUGCUGGAAACACCCGGCCUCGAGUUUAGACCUCUUCGCGACGCCGCGGCGCUGCGAGGGAAGCUCAGGGCGCUCCUGGGAGGUGCCUUCUCGAAGCAAACGGCCUACAAGUGGUGGGAGGCUCAUGCAGACGAGGUCUGCCCCUUCGAAAGCUCCAAGCUCCGAUGGAUCAUCGAGUCCAUCCUCGGGCUACGAAGCAUUAGUGCAGUGACGCCCCAGGAGGGCAGAGAGAACGUCCUGUGGGGCUUCUUGCAUGCACGGAGGUUGCGGCCAGAAUGCUUCCACUUCUGGGAGGACGAGCGCCUUGGGGUUCGCGUCGUCGGCGUCGCCGCGCCGCCCCAGAGCGAGGAAGAAGCGGAACUGCAGGUGUGCUCUGAUGCCAUGAUCGCGCAGGUUCCUCAACGAGACUUGACCUUGGGCGAGUAUUUCAUGCCUUCCAGCAUGAACUGGCUCGCUCUCUUCAACUCGGACAUCAUAGGCCAACCGGGCGCCAACCCGGGCAAAGUUGCUAAGCUGCUCAGUGCUGCGAGAGAAUGGGGUCCUGCAGAGGACGGCUGGCAGCAGCAGGAUCGGUCCUGGAACUGCGUGGAUCAGAAGAACUUUUUUGGACGGACGACGCUGAAGCAGGGUCGUGUGAUAUGGGCGUUGGCAAGGUCCGAUGAAGACUGA